ACAGACACACGUACAAACACCACAUUCACACGAACAAACACCACAUACACACGUACAAACACCACACACACACAAACAAACACCACUUACACACGAACAAACACCACAGACACACGAACAAACACCUCAUACACACGAACAAACACCACAGACACACGAACAAAAACCUCAUACACACGAACAAACACCUCAUACACACGAACAAACACCACAGACACACGAGCAAACACCACAGACACACGAACAAACACCACAGACACACGAACAAACACCACAUACACACGAACAAACACCUCAUACACACGAACAAACACCACAUACACACGUACAAACACCACAGACACACGAAUAAACACCGCAGACACACGAAAAAACACCACAUACACACGAACAAACACCACAGACACACGAACCAACACCACAGACACACGAACAAACACCACAUUCACACGAACCAACACCACAGACACACGAACAAACACCACAUACACACGUGAAACGCCUCGCAUUCAGAAAAAGGACAUCAGGUUCCGUAACGCCCUUCCUGCUGACCUAAAGCUUGCGAUGACGCUGAGGUACAAGGCAUCUUGGGACGCAUUCUUAGUGUUUGACUUUCGUGUGAUCGCCGAAUGUGUAUGCCAUUUCGACACAGAAGAGUGUACUGCACUGCUUCAGGAGUAUAAGGAUGAAGUUUUUGUCAUUCAAAAUAACCCAGAGGCCUGA